AGGUAUUUAAGUUUCGCGCUGAGCAGCCGGGAGACACUCCGAGUCCAGGCUGCAGAGAUGGCGCUGCACUGGGGCAUCGUGUCCGCCGGCCUCAUCGCCAGCGACUUCACGACCAUGCUGCGGAUGCUGCCCCGCUCCGAGCACCAGGUGGUGGCAGUAGCGGCCCGAGACCUGAGCCGGGCGAAGGAGUUUGCACGCAAACACGACAUCCCCAAGGCCUACGGCUCCUACGAGGAGCUGGCCAAGGACCCGAACGUGGAGGUGGUCUACAUUGGCACCCAGCACCCCCAGCACAAGGCCGCGGUGUUGCUAAGCCUGGCAGCGGGCAAGGCCGUCCUGUGUGAGAAGCCCAUGGGCGUGAAUGCGGCGGAAGUGCGGGAAAUGGUGGCAGAAGCCCGGUCCCGGGGCCUCUUCCUCAUGGAGGCCAUCUGGACACGCUUCUUCCCUGCCUCGGAGACUCUGAGGUCUGUUCUGGCCCAGGGAGCCCUGGGGGAGCUUCGUGUGGCCCGAGCAGAAUUCGGGAAGGACCUGACCCACGUGCGCCGGGCUGUCGACUGGGCCCAGGCAGGUGGGGGCCUCCUGGACAUUGGCAUCUACUGCAUCCAGUUCAUCUCCAUGGUCUUCAGGGGACAGAGACCGGAGAAGAUUUCGGCCGUGGGAAGGAUCCACGAGACGGGCGUGGAUGACACCGUCACUGUGUUACUCCAGUACCCCGGAGGGGUCCAUGCGAGUUUCACCUGCAGCAUCACAGCCAAGCUCUCCAAUACAGCGUCCGUGAGCGGCACCAAGGGCAUGGCCAAGAUCCUUGAGCCCUGCUGGUGCCCCACCGAACUGGUGGUGAAAGGGGACCACCAGGAGUUUCCGCUGCCCCCAGCGCCCAACAAGGAAUUCAACUUCACCAAUGGGCCCGGCAUGAUGUACGAGGCCAAGCACGUCCGGGAGUGUCUGCGCAAGGGCCUGAAAGAAAGUCCUGUCAUCCCGCUGGCGGAGAGUGAGCUCCUGGCCGACAUCCUUGAGGAAGUGCGGAAGGCCAUUGGGGUCACCUUCCCCCAAGACAAAUGCUGAUGUGUGUCCUGAAUUAAUAAAGACAUGAUUUACAUGGA